AUGGAAACCUCGAUUGCUUCUUCUCCCUCCAUUGAUAAACAAGAAAAAGUUGACCCAUUAAUACACCACAAUUUGGAGUCAGAAGAUCACACAAUGGAUGUUGAGAAACAUGUCACAGGUGUUGUAGUGACGGAGCAAAAAUCGAAGCAAGAGGUUGACACUUCAACACUUGGUAGUUUUGUAGGGCCAUCGACUAUAUCUAUUUCAACUUGUCCUUCAAACGAUUAUACGGAGCAUUUUACAACGGAGAUGGUUUUUCUAUCCGAUGAAGCGUUGGUAGAUUGGAUAAGAUGCACUGGUAAACAACACGGGUUUAUCAUUGUGAUUAAGGGUUUUGAGAAAUGUAUUAAGAAUCGCACACCUAGGAUGGGAUUUUCAUGUGAAAGGAGUGGUAAGUAUAGGCCGUUUGUGAAGAAAGUUGAUGGGAAGGAGGUAGCUGUCAAGAAGAGAGUACGGUCCACGGGCACCAAAAAAUGUGAAUGCCCAUUUGAAUUGAAAGCUGUAAAGGGCAAUGAUGGUUGGACUGUCUCUGUCCACAAUGGCACCAAUAACCAUCCUCCAGCGGUGUACUUGGAGGGCCAUUCGUAUGCCGGGAGGUUGUCGGCAGAGCAAACUAGCACGGUGGUUGAUUUGUCAGUCGCUUUGGUGAAACCCAAAGAAAUCUUAACCCAUUUGAAGGUUCAAGAUCCUGAGAACGUAAUGUCUAUCAAAACCGUGUACAAUGUACGACACAAGUAUCGAGUGAUAGAGAAAGCUGGAAAAUCUCAAAUGCAACAUUUGUUGGAUCGGCUAGAAAAGUACCACUACGUUCAUUGGACCCGUGGGAACGAGACUGAAAAUGUCACGGAGUUGUUUUGGUCUCCUUCAUCUGCCGGGGAGAUGUUACGUGCUUUUUCCCACGUUUUUAUGAUGGAUUGCACAUACAAGACGAAUAAGUACAAGUUUUCUUUGCUUCAAAUUGUUGGUGUAACAUCGACGGAGAUGACUUUUUGUGCAUCAUUUGCUUUCAUGGAGUGUGAAAAAACGGAAAACUACACUUGGGUCUUGGAGAAGCUAAAAGGCAUGAUGUAUCCCAACGCGCUUCCGUCCGUUAUUGUCACAGAUAGAGAGUUGGCGCUUAUGAAUGCCAUCGAACAUGUUUUCCCUCAAGCUACCAACCUCCUAUGUAGGUGGCAUAUUGGCAAGAACGUAUUAGCCAAGUGUAGAAAGAUGUUUGAUGACAAGAUGUGGGAGGAGUUUAUUUGCAGUUGGGGCCUAGUCGUCCUUUCAUCGAGUGUUGCACAGUAUGAGGAGCGCCUUUGUGUUUUGAAGCGUAAUUUUGAAAUGGUUUCUGCAGCACUUGAGUACGUCGAGAAAAAUUGGUUGGUACCCUACAAAGAGAGGUUUGUAGGAGCUUGGACGGACAAAGUCAUGCAUUUCGGAAACCUAACAAGUAACAGGGUGGAGAGUUCAUAUUCGAAGCUAAAAAAUCAUCCUGAAAACUCGCAAUGCAAUUUUGAUACUAUAUGGGAGAAGAUUCACAGAUUGAUGUUGUUACAAGUUACUGAAAUCAAAGCUUCGUUUGAGAAGAGCCUUAAUUCUGUGCAACAUGAUUUUAGGACAACUCUAUUUGAUAGGCUAAGGGGAGUCGUUUCGUCAAAUGCCAUGACACUUGUUUUAACGGCAUCCCAUCAAGUCGAAUGGUUUGUGGAAUCGAAGCGUCAAUGCGAGUGUUCUUUGAGGCACACCCAUGGUUUACCUUGCGCUCAUGAGAUUGCUCCUUACAAGAUGGAAAAUAUCCCUCUACCGAUUGAGUUAAUCUACGACCAUUGGAAGAGACUUUCUUUGCUUGCACCCCAGAAUGAGGGUUCGAUGGAGGAGACGCUUUUGGCUCACUUUGAUUGUUUUUACAACAAGUUCUUGAAUGAAGAUCAAUUUGAUGUAAAGCUAAAUUAUGUUAAGAAAAUGCAAGAGCUUGCUCAUCCGAAAACCAGUACUCUCCUUGAACCCAAAGUGAAUGCACAACCACGCGGUCGGAAGUCAACGAAACAAAAAAAUGCAGCCAAAGAACAAAAUUCGACGCGUAGGGAUCCCUCGGAAUUUGAGCAUGUUAUGGCAUCCCUUCAAACCCCUAAGCCCGUCAAAGAGAAACCGCGGCGUAAUCUGAAAGGGAAAGCAAAAGUUCCAGCACAACUUUUUAUAUGCCCCUUCAUCAAUCAAUUCCCAGAAGCAAAAAGACCUUACAUAGAAUCGGUCAAGGAUGUUGAAGAUGAUGGGAAUUAUGGGUUUCGAGCAGUGUCGGACUUCAUGAAAGACGAUGUUCAUGAGUGGUUAAUGGUAAGAAAUGAUUUGCUGAAAGAGUUGGAAACACAUUUACACCUUUACGAACAAGUGGUAGGGGGGACGCAGAGGGCUAGGGAAUUACUUCACAUCUUGGCAUGGUAUGAAAGUCCGGCGCCCCAGGAACAUUGGAUGACAAUGCCAGACAUGGGUCACAUCAUAGCAUCUGCUUAUAAUUGUGUCGUCGUCCAUUUAUCAAAUGUUCAAUGUAUUAUUUUGGUAUUCCUUAAAAAAGGUUCCCCUCUACCACCAAUAGCUUGCAAUUGGAAAAAAUAUCGUCUUUCUAUCGCUAAAAAUUGGGAUGCAGCACAUGUUGCAGCCAUUCAGAAGUUCAACGAAAUCAUCGGCGUUGACGUAGCAACAAAGGAGAAACAAGAAUGGAGAGGUGGCAUAAUCGCGAACCCAUCCCAAGUCCUCCAAAAGAGUGAGGAACUGAAAGGAUCCAUAACCAAUAAACUUGUCUAA